CUGCAUCGGACAGCAAUGUUCAGAAAUUGCAUCUAUUCCGCUACUUGAUAAUAUGAAAGCUACAUUAAAAGCUGACAUAGACGUUGCCGAACUUAAUAAAGUUUUGCAAAAAUAUAUUCAUCAAGAAGUGACAAAAUCUGUCAAAGGAGCGAUCUUCAAUCAAAUGGAGGGAACUGUUGAUCAAAUAACCGAUAAUGUGACACGAUUAAUACAGUCUAAUGUUGAUGCUAAAAUUGACAAAUUUCAAGAUUGUCAGUGUUCUAACAGGGAGACAACACCAGCAUUUUCAUCUGUUCUCACACAUGAUCAAAGCUAUUCAGCAAAUGUUUCUAUCAAGUUUGACAGAGUUGUAGUCAACAUUAAAGACGGCUACGACCCAACGACAGGUAUUUUCACUGCACCUAGUAAAGGAGUGUAUCAUAUAUCGUCAACUGUGAUGAACGCAAAAGGACACAAACUGUGGGUUAGUCUUUACCUUAAUGACGUGCGGGUGUCAAGUAUUUGGUUAAAUCCUUCAAGUAAAACUUUUGAAAUGGGUACAACCAAUAUGAUAUUGGAUCUGAAAGAAGGAGACAAAGUAUCUAUAAGGUCACGUAGUAAUUACACAGUUCACAGUAAUCAGGAUAUAUACAGCUCAUUCUCUGGCUAUCUGAUUAUGAAUUAA